CUUAGCGGCCAUUUUUAAUUUCAGAAUUAGCUAGAACACGAAUAUGUCUGCGGAGAACGGAACACAGAACGGUGGAGAGAAAAGGAAGGUGGAGGAUGAAGGCGAUACUCUCAGAAAACGUGAGAAACUGGAGGCUGGAACCCUUCUGUUUUCCGGUGCUACGGAUUGGAAGGAAGUUGGCCGAAAGACGAAUGAUCUGUCUAAGUCUGCAAACACUCAAUGGUCACCAGUUCGGCUUGCGGCUUUAAAGGACGUGCAAAUAGCAUCGGUUGGUGUUGGCAGCAACUCUGCCUUCUGUAUGGCAAUCUCUGAGGAUGGAAAGGUUUACGCGUGGGGCAGGAAUGAGAUGGGUCAGCUUGGUCUAGGAGAUACCAAGGAUAGAUUCUGUCCAACCUUGAUCACAGAACUCUCCGGGCACAAUGUUGUCAAGGUUUGUACAGGGAAAUCCCACUCCCUGUUCCUGACUAGUGAAGGCAAGGUUCUAGCUGCAGGGUCAAACUCUGCCGGUCAGUGUGGAGUAGGGAAGGGGAAAGAUCAGCUGACUACCCCCAAGAUCAUAAACUACAUGGGACCCGAUAUUGUAGAUGUGGCGUGUGGAGCUGAGUUCUCCAUGAUCCUGGAUGAGGAGGGCGGAGUCUGGUCUUUCGGGCACCCGGAGAACGGAACCCUCGGACACAAUGACGACGGCAAGUUUAUGGCGAAGGCGAAUAAAGUCGAUUUCAGAUACGAGUAUGCUCCCCUGAAGAUUCCUCUGUUUGUUGAGAAGGAUUCUAAAUCCAAGGAGAUCACUCCGCUCCCUACACCCAAGAUUAUCAAGAUAGCGUGUGGUCCAAACCACACCGUCGCCGUGGACGACAACUGCAAGGCGUACUCCUGGGGGUUCGGCGGCUAUGGACGACUGGGACACGCGGAGACUUCGGACGAGCUUGUUCCUCGUCUCAUCAAGUACCUGGACCAGAAGAACAGGGGGGUCAGGGAUGUAUUCUGCGGGGGAGCCUUUAACAUCGCCAUGUCUGAGAUCAAGGGAAUGGUCCAGAUGUGGGGGAUCUACAUGCCGAACAAGGAGGCCAACAUGUACCCCAAACCAGUUCAGGAUCUCAGCGGUUGGGAGGUCAGGUCUAUUGCCUGCAACUCAAAGGGUUGGUUAGCGGCUGCUGACGAGGCUGUUAUCGGUUGUAUGCCCUCGCCCUGUGUUGGGGAGCUGGGGGCCGGGAUGAAGAAGAAAUCGUCCGCUCAGCCGACUAUUCUUGAUACUCUCGACAAGGUUCAUGUGCUCAGGGUUGGAGCAGGACUCUCACAUUCUCUGUUCAUCGCCAGGAAUCAGACAGAGGCAGAUAAGAAGAUACUGGAGAAAUUUCCGGUCAUUGAUCAAGCUGCACUCGAUUAGAUCAAUCAAGAUCAGUUCACUCGUGGACUCGAUCACUUCUUGAUCAAACCUUCUCCGUAUCAAUUAAGUUUUAUUCAGAGAUCAAUCAAAAUUCGUCAUGAGAUCAUUUUUAAAAGCAUUGACCAAUCCUUUCAAGAAAUUAUGUUAUUAUCAAUUUUAAUUGAAUCAAUUAAAUCAGUGAAAGUCCAGUCUUUUUGUCAAGAUUUUACUACUUAAAAAAAGUGUGAUCAAAAUAUCUCGCAGAAGAGACUUUUCCAAAAUCAUAGUUCUGAUCAGUAUUAAUGCACACAUUCAGUGCAUUUCUGCGCGCUAAUAUUCCAGUGUCGAUCACAGUGUUUAAAAAUUCGCAUUUAAUCAUAUUUUUCAUAAAAAGUUUUAUAAAAUCUCGUUCUCAUAAUCUGUCCAUUGUUAAACAUAUUUGUAAUUAUAUCAAAGAUAUUUUAAAAUCGCAGCUAUUUUCAAAAUAUUAUAUUCAAAACCA